CCCAUCACACUCAGUUCCCCACCCCAACCCUACUUACAGUACAACCGCCCCCCAAAAUGCCACCAGCCCCAUCAUCAUCAUCAUCAUCAUCAUCAUCUAUAUCUUUACAAAUCACUUACGCCCACCCUUCCGACCUCCCCACCCUCAUCCGCACCGAAAUCCGCUCCUUCCCCUCCUCCAACUACAUGCGCAGCACCUACAAGCACUGCGCUCCGCCCGCCAUCCACACCUUCAAAACCGUCUCCGCCCUAGACUACUUCGCCAACCCGGAAUGCCAUAUGCUCGCGGGCAUCGACGCGCGCACCGGCGAGACGAUCGCCUACAGCCGCUGGCAUAUCCCCGCGGUUUACGGGUAUGAACGCGCCGUGGAUACAACGUUGAGUGCCGAGGCGGAAGCCCAGAGACGGGAUGCCUGGGCAUAUGCCCCGCCGUUGUUGAACCGGGGGACGUAUGCGUUUUAUGAGGAGAUGGUGGAAAGGAGUCGGAGGGGGUUUUUGCAAGAAAGUGAUUUUGUGCUGGAGAUGCUCUGUGUUUUGCCCGAGUAUCAGCGGAUGGGGGUCGGAAGGAAGUUGCUGCAGUGGGGGAUUGAGAAGGCGGAUGCUUGUCAUGCGAGGAUCUAUCUGGAGGCGACGAUGGAGGGGGUGCCGGCGUAUUUGAAGUAUGGGUGGGAGGUGGUGGAGGAGAUCCGGCUGGAUUAUACGGAGCGUGGGGGGGUGGGGAGUCAGAGCUUUGCUUUGAUGAGUAACACUCAUCCGCGCGGGGCGGGUCCCGCAAUGGCCCCAUCUUAUAUAUAUUACUAUUUGAACAAUUACUGCAGCAGUUGGGAUAUUACAGGAGUCCAGAAUUCAUCCACCGGAUUUUGGGUGGGAUGGAUAAGGAGAUAA